AUGGAAGACAAGCCAAUCCCUACAACAUCAAACAAUAAUCAAGCCACCGAUGAUAAUGGCGAAAAUGUAGAUGUAUUGGACUCGAAUGCUCUCUUCCAAAAAAUGUUAGAGCAAGCCUUACAACAAGAAGGAUCCACAGGAGGAAUUUCCCAAACCACAAGAACCAAUCGACCUCCACCACAACGUAAACACAAGGCUCGUCCAUUCAAACGAAGCACUACUGCAGCAACAACAUCAUCAUCAUCAUCAAAUACAGAGGAGGAAUCAUCACAAACAACAAUAACUUCAACACCAUCUAAAACAACAACAGAAGCAACAAUAGCAGAGGAAGAAUCUGCUGUUGAUGCCGAUACUAUUACCGAGUCAACAACAACAAUAACAACAUCACCACCAAAAACAACUAGUCGUCCUCCUCUUAAAAAGCCAGCCCUCUCAAGACCAAAUCCUUCACAGAAGAGAAAAUCAGAUGGUGCUUCUUCUGCUGCACCUGCAAAAAAGAAAGCUGCUGGUGGGAAGGAACUUUCCAAACCUAUUGAUAACAGUAUUAGAAAUACAGUGUCCCUUGAGGAGGCUCAAAGUAGAAUUGCAGAAAUUAUUGAUGCAUCCAUUGUUGAGGCAUUAUCUUCUUCUAAAUUGAAGGAACGUAUGGAAGCAAUUGAAUCUCUCUCUAAAUCCCUAACAGAAAUGGAUAAGGAUGUUAUGGCUAGUAAUGCUGAUGUUAUUGUCGUAACUCUUAACUCAAAGCCUGGCUGGAAGGAAUCAAAUGUUCAAAAUUUGUCAAAAGUUAUUGAAAUGGUAAUGUUAAUUGUGGACAGUUGCUCAACUCUUUCAACUGGGCCUGCUGUAACAGUUAUUGAAGGACUUGUUGAAAAGAUUGCUACUGCCAAAUUGAAAGAUCCUUGCACUCAAUGUCUUUCCAAGCUUGCUGAAAUGUACUCUCCUCAAUUCGUCUUUAAUCAACUCUACCCAAUUAUUAAGGAUCACAAGAAUCCAAAGAUUGCUGGUGAAACUCUUGGAUGGAUGGCUGCUACAAUCGAACACUUUGCCAUGCAAACUAUUGAUGUCAAGUCAAUUAUUGAUUUUUCAAAGGUUUGUUUGGGUAAUGCUAAGCCUCCUGUCAAGACUGGCGCUACAGAAAUUCUCUGUUCCAUGAAAAAGUUUAUGGGAGAUGGACUUUUGAAUUAUUUGAAUGAUGUCAAGCCUGCAUUGUUGGAUUCCAUCAAGAAGGAAUUCCAAAAAUUCACAGAUGCUCCACCUACACAAACCAAGUUUGUCAGAGGUAUGAAUGUUAGUACAAGUAGUAAGUCUGGUGAACCAGGUAGUGCUCCAUCUUUUGAUGAUUUACUGCCAAGAACUGAUAUCUCUGGCAAGAUUACAUCAAAGAUUCUUGGAGAAUUGGAGGACAAAGCUUGGAAGACUAGAUUGGAAGCUUUGGAAGAAAUCAAGAAUAUAAUCACUGAAGCUAAUAAGAGAAUUACUCCAAAUCUUAAUAAUCUCAUUCAAGCUCUGAAGAAGAGAAUGGAAGAUGCUAAUGUCAAGAUUCUCAGUACAACAAUGGAACUUUAUGUUUUCAUUGGUGAAGCUGCUGGUAGUGGAUUUGAAAAGUUCAGUCCAGUCAUUUUACAAAAUUUGGUGACCAAAUUCACUCACAACAAUAAGGUGAUCAGAACUGCUACUUACCAAACUUUAGAAGGACUUGUUAAAUCUCUCAAUAUGGAUAACAUUAUCAAGUAUAUGGACAAGCCUUUGAACAAUGAGAAGGGCCAUCCUGAAGGAAGAAGAGAUGCUCUCCAAUUCAUUGACACUUACAUUUUGGAAGUCAAGAACAAAUCUAGGGAUACUCUCCAACACCUCGCCAAGCCUCUCAUUAACUGCUUGCAAGACCCAAAGGCAUGCACAAGAAAACUUGCUGAAACAGUUUUGGAAAAGGUUAUCAGAACAACUGGUGCUGAUUUUAUCAAGAGUUUCUGUCAAGAUCUCAACAAUGCUUCCAAGAGUAGCAUCAUUGCUGUUAUUUCCAAGUAUGAAAACCAAUAUCAACCAACAGCAGCAGCCCAACAAACUGUCCAACAAGUUCAACCAGUCAAAGCUGAACAACCACCAACUAAGCCUGCCCAACAACCACAAACCCAACCAGCUGCUUCAACUUUGCAAAGAUCCUCCUCUUCCCUCACUAUUGGAGAAAUGAAAAAGCAAAACCAAUCUAAAACAGUUACACAACCUACUCCAGUCCAACCAGUCAUUGAAGAUGAUAAGAGCUCAAGAAAAACUCUUGUUCAAUCCUCCUUGUUCAAAAUGGACUUCCCAAAACCAAUCGAAUGUCCAAUGUCUCCUCCUUCUACUCCAGGAAAGAGAAGCAUUUCAACAGUCAAGGAUAGUGUCUUUACUACACCAAAGAAGCUCAAAUUCUCAAAGCUUGCUACUGAAGAAUUAUUAUUGUCACCAACCACCUUGUUAACUCCAAAGAAGAUUAAUAUUGUUCCACAAUCUAAGGAUGUACAAAUGUCUGUCGAACAAAUCAUUAGAGUUCUCACUAACACUAAAAUCAGUAACUUUGAAAAUGCUAUGAAUGCCAUGAAGACUCUUGAUAAGCAUGUUGAAUACCAAGAUAUGGGUAUUUCCAUGAAUAGAGAACAAUUGGUUUACUCCCUUUCCAUCUUCUUUGAGGUUGCUUUUGACUCUGUCAUUAUUGGUCUCUCUGGUCCAAGAAUUUGUAAGAUUAUGAUCAAUACCAUGAUGGGUUUGUUUGAAUCUAGAAACUUUUCCUCAUUGGUACAAAAGAAGACUCUCCUCAAUCUUUUAGAAGUCUUACUCAGACUUUUACUCAAUGACAAGUUACCAACUAUUGAAUAUGGUGAAAAGAUGGUUGCUGCUCUCAAUACUCUCAUUCUUCGUAUUCUUGAAAAUUGUUCCAGAACCACUGCUUACAGUUGCUUGAUUACUUUAUUGGAAAAGUCCUGCCUCGAUCAUGAAAAGGAACCAACCAGCUUUACCAAGGUACUUAUCAAGUGUCUCUCCAAGCUCACUAAGACUUUGGAAAAGACAAUUGGUAUCAUUGAAAUUGGUUCAGUAUUGUUGGAUAUUCAAAGCUUCCUCUCUAGCAAUCCUCCAACAUUCUUUGAAGGCAAGGAUGAUAGCCCUUUGAGAAUGAUCAAGACUAUUAUCCAAACUCUUGUCAAGCUGAAAGGAAACUCUUUGAGAACCUAUCUCACAACACUCAAUAAGGUUAUGAUUUCUCACAUUGAACACGAGUUGAACGUCCUCUCUCUUUCUAGUUCUUCCACCAACACUAACACCUUUACAUCCUCUGAUAGCACCAACAGCUUGUUUGAAUCAGAGAGUGAUCAACUCAAGGAAAUUUGUACAUUAAUUGGAAAUAAGGAAACCACAAGAUCUGGAUUAUAUAAGCUUUACAAAUUCCAAGUGCAACAUCCUGAAUUUAAAAUCAACGAAUUCCUUGGAACUACAUCAUUUGGUAAGAUUUUCCAAGAGUACAUUAUUGGAUCUGUUGCCAAGAUUGCUGCUCAUGAACAAUCGAAGAAGGUCGCCCUCGAAUCUACACAACAAACUCCAACCAUUACAGUCAAUCAUUCAGUCAACCAAAUGCCAUUCAGUUCUCCUCCAGAGGAAGUUAGACCAGUUCUCAAGGAAAUUCCAACAACAACCCCUGCCACUUCCAGCCUCUCCCAAAACAUCUUAUCUCGUUACAGCAGUGUAAAUAGUGCCACCAUUUCUCAAUUUGAUACCAAACCAAAAUCAAUUGAGGAUUAUAGAAAGAUGAGAAGCUUGUCCAAUAUUAAUGGUUCUACCUACUCGAGUGCUCUCUCCUCUACCAACAAUAUUGAUAGUCUCAGAGAAAGAUUUGCCAAUAUCAAGGCCAAUAGUGCUACCAAUAGAUAUAGUAGUUCCAUCGACUUGGAAUCUAUCAAGCAAAAAUAUAGACAAUUGGGUGAUAAGGAAAAUAGACCAAACUCAACCAUUCAACAAUAA